UUGAAAGACGGAGAGCUCAUCCGCCAAGUUAUCGAUCUGCGGGCGUCACUUCCGGUACUCGCUCUUUUCUCGGAGCGUCUGUCGACUGUGUGACCCGCGUGUUUACACACUCACAGAUGAAGGAGUUCAUAAUGAACCAAGAGAAGCUUGCUAAACUGCAGGCGCAGGUCCGCAUAGGUGGUAAGGGGUCAGCACGCAGGAAGAAGAAGGUUGUGCACAGGACAGCAACAGCCGACGACAAGAAGCUGCAGUUCUCCCUCAAAAAAUUGGGAGUCAACAACAUCUCCGGCAUUGAGGAGGUGAAUAUGUUCACAAACCAAGGGACGGUGAUCCACUUCAGCAACCCAAAGGUUCAGGCCUCCUUGGCUGCCAACACCUUCACAAUCACAGGACACGCUGAGAACAAGCAGCUCACAGAGAUGCUCCCAGGAAUCCUAAACCAGCUGGGAGCCGACAGUCUCACGAGCCUCAGGAGAUUAGCGGAGAGCCUGCCCAAACCAGCUGGAGAGAACAAAGCCCCCAUGGUUAUUGCGGAGGAUGAAGAGGAGGAUGAUGAUGAUGUUCCAGAUCUGGUUGAAAACUUUGACGAGGCCUCGAAGGGCGAGGCAAACUAACAAACAUCAGCAAACAUUUGAGAGCCCCUCCCGGCCCACCGUACUUCGAUACAGCAACACAUUUGUAAUUGUCAAUCUCUGCAAUUGCUCUGCAGUUACAAACAAAGUGGAGUUUUUAAAUCAAUCUUGACAAUUAGGCCAAAAUGUACAAUCCUUUUCAUUUUUUUUUUUUUUUUUUACCCUAACUGUUCAUAUAUUCUCUUGUUCGGUUUGCCUCAUUCUGCUUUUAAAAAUUGCUGAAUUGAGUGGAAUGUGCAAACCCUUUAUCUUUAAUGGCUCAAAUGUAUCGCUGGAUUGAAUCAUGUAAUAAAAAUUACAUCUAAAACA